AUGUUAGAAAGGUUCAAGAGCUCUAUGAAACAGGAGUUCGACAUGUCCAAUCUUGGAAGGAUGAAAUACUUCCUCGGUGUGGAAGUGGUGCAGGGCAGUAAAGGGAUCUUCAUCAACCAAAAGAAAUAUGCUAAUGAAGUACUCGAAAGGUUUGGCAUGAAGUAUUGUAAUUCGGUAAAGAAUCCAGUUGUACCGGGUUUUAAGCCUGUGAAAGAUGAAGGUGGGGCUGGUAUGGAUACAACUGUUAACAAACAAAUAGUGGGCAGUCUUAUGUAUUUGACUGCCCCCAGACCCGACUUAGCUUAUGUGGUGAGCUUAAUCAGCAGAUUCAUGGAGAGGCUGACUGAUUUGCAUCAUUAA